UCGCGCGGCAGGUGAAGUGCAGGCCCGGCGGGCUGCCGGCUGCCGGCUCCGUUUGCAGUGUCUCUGGGCCAUGGCUUCCGAGAAGCCGCUGGUGGUCGUCACCUGCACCGCGCCGGUCAACAUCGCGGUCAUCAAGUACUGGGGCAAGCGAGAUGAGGACCUGGUCCUGCCCAUCAACUCCUCUCUGAGCGUCACCUUGCACCAGGACCAGUUAAAAACCACCACCACGGCCGCCAUCAGCAAGGAGUUCACCGAGGACCGGAUUUGGCUGAAUGGCCGGGAGGAGGACAUAGGCCAGCCACGCCUGCAGGCCUGCCUCAGGGAGAUCCGCCGCCUGGCCCGGAAGCGGAGGAGCUCCGGCGACGAGGACCCGCCGCCCCUCAGCCUCAGCUACAAGGUUCACAUCGCAUCGGUGAACAACUUCCCCACAGCCGCGGGCCUGGCCUCCUCCGCGGCUGGUUACGCCUGCCUAGCCUACGCCCUGGCCCGGGUCUAUGGGGUUGACAGCGACCUCUCGGAAGUGGCUCGCCGGGGCUCGGGCAGCGCCUGUCGGAGCCUGUUCGGCGGCUUUGUGGAGUGGCAGAUGGGGGAGCGGCCCGACGGGAAGGACAGCAUCGCCCGGCAGGUGGCCCCCGAGUGCCACUGGCCGGAACUCCGAGUCCUCAUACUCGUGGUGAGCGCGGAGCGGAAGCUGACAGGCAGCACGGUGGGCAUGCAGACCAGCGUGGAGACCAGCCCCCUGCUCAGGUUCCGGGCCGAGUCGGUGGUGCCGGCGCGCAUGGCAGAGAUGACCCGCUGCAUCCAGGAGCGGGACUUCCAGGCUUUCGGCCAGCUGACCAUGAAGGACAGCAACCAGUUCCACGCCACCUGCCUGGACACCUUCCCGCCCAUCUCCUACCUCAACGACAUCUCCAGACGCAUCGUCCGCCUCGUGCACUGCUUCAACGCCCACCACGGGCAGACCAAGGUGGCAUACACGUUUGACGCGGGCCCCAACGCCGUGGUCUUUACCCUGAACGACACCGUGCCUGAGUUUGUGGCUGCUGUGAGGCACUGCUUUCCCCCCGAGUCCAACGGAGACAAGUUUCUGAAGGGGCUGCCCGUGGGGCCUGCCUCACUCUCUGAUGAGCUGAGGGCCGCGCUGGAUGUGGAUCCCACCCCCGGCGGCGUCACGUACAUCAUUGCCACCCAGGUGGGCCCUGGGCCCCAAGUCCUGGAUGACCCUCACGCUCACCUCCUGGGCCCGGACGGCCUGCCCAAGGCAGCUGCUUGACCACCUUCCCCAAGGGGACCCCAGCCGCAGCUGGGAGAAGGGCCACUUCACCGGGACAGGGGUGAUGGGUGUGGUGGCCGUGGCUCCAUGCUCACUGGGGCGUGAGGGGUAGCCACCGGGCUCUGGGCCAGGCCACUUGCUGGGGCCAAGUUGGGCUCCUUGGAGUGGCCGUUUGGGCCACCCGGGCAGUCAGGGGCACGCCCCCCGGUGGGUGCCGCGUUGGACGGCAUGGGGCUGCCGGGCACCCUGUCACAGGGCUCCCUGGCCUCACCCUCUGGGGCCACUGGCACUGCCCCAGACAGCAGCUGUGCUGCAGAGGACGGGGAGGUGGCGCCCCUCCUCAGAGCUGGAGGCCGGGACGCCAUGCAGACCUCAGGGACCCUCCACAAGACUUGAAGCCUCUGCCAGACCCAGGCCCAGGUGUGGUGGAAUAUUUCUGUAUAAAACGACCACCGGGGGUCGCCUGGCUGACUCCGGGCGUGGAACACGGGACUCUUGAUAACAGGUUGAGUUCAAGCCCCAUGUCCGCGGCUGGAGAGUUCACUUUAAAAAAAUAA